CGCAACUUAUUUACGUAUUUCUCCACGCUGUCAACUUACAGUACUUCCUUCUUUCCUUCAAUCCCUUUCUACCUUUAUCAUGUUCGUUCCUCACUGAACCAUGAUGCUACUCAUACUCAAGUCCUUCCUCACCCUUCUCGCCCUCCUCGCCACCUGCGUUCUCUUGCCUCAGCUACCCCUGGCCGUUCUCCGCCUGGUGCUCCGUGUUGUGGGAUGGGCCGUGCAGAAACGAACCAGGUCUCGUCGCGAGUACAUCGUUUGGCGCGUCCGCGCCGAGGAGGAGGAGCUCGCCAGAAAGAAAUCUACCAAACCAGCAUCCACAGAAGAUGAGGAUUGGGAAAAGGUCGAUACCUCUUCUAGUGCCAGUUCCGGAACAGCUGGCACCAGUACCAGCGAUGACUGGAAUGGAAUCAUUGGGUUCUUCCACCCGUUCUGCAACGCCGGAGGUGGAGGCGAACGUGUCCUCUGGGAAGCCGUGAGAGCGACCCAGAAGCGCUGGCCCAAGGCCAUUUGCGCCAUCUACACGGGCGAUCACGAGGUCAACAAGACAGCCAUGCUGGAACGGGUGGCAAACCGGUUCAACAUACACCUACAUGCCCCCACCGUCGUGCUGCUUUACCUGACCACCCGCAAAUACGUGGUUAGCAGCAUGUAUCCCUACAUGACUCUACUGGGCCAGUCCCUGGGCUCUCUAAUCGUUGCCUACGACGCUUUCAAUCUCCUCGUCCCGGACGUCUUCGUCGAUACCAUGGGAUACGCCUUCACCUUGGCCUUUAGCAAGCUACUCUUUCCCUCCGUCCCGACUGGUGCCUAUGUGCAUUACCCCACCAUCUCCACCGACAUGCUUAGCUCUCUGGAUGACCAGACUGGCACCAAGGGUAUCAACGCCGGCGCUGGAAAGGGUUUCAGGGGCCAGGUUAAGCGCAGGUACUGGGUUCUGUUCGCUAACCUUUACGGCUGGGUUGGCGGCCACGUUGACGUCGUUAUGUGCAAUUCCUCCUGGACGUCUGCCCAUGUCCGCAGCCUCUGGGGUCCUUCCCGAAAGACCAACACUUUCGACGAACCAACUGUCAUUUUCCCGCCUACCGCGGUGUCUGAACUCGAAUCCACUAUCCACGUCGAUGCCGCAACGGAAAAAUCCCGGGAGCCUGUGAUUCUUUACAUCGCUCAGUUCCGACCGGAGAAGAACCAUCCUCUGCUUCUGCGCUCUUUCGCCCGCUUCCUCCAAAAUUACCGCAACAAGGCCUCUUCGGAGUCUGAGAAGGAGCCCAAGCUUAUUCUCAUAGGCUCCGUCCGCCACGCCUCCCCUGAUGAGACUCAUAUCUAUAACCUCCGCUUGCUCGCCCACGAACUACGCAUUCGCGACAACACGACAUUUCUCUGCGACGCCAGCUGGCCUACAAUUCUUGAGCAUCUCGCAUCCGCCUCCGUUGGCGUCAAUACCAUGUGGAACGAACACUUCGGCAUUUGCGUUGUGGAGUAUCAGGCCGCGGGGCUGAUCAGUGUGGUCCAUGACUCCGGCGGCCCUCGGGAGGACAUCGUGGUUGACCUUGGCGACGGCGCGACGGGUUUCCGGGCGAAUACGGAGGACGAGUUUGCCGCUGCGUUUGAGGCCGCCCUGGCUCUUCCGGAAGAGGAGAAGGUUGCGAUGCGGCUGAGAGCGCGCAAGUCUGCGCUUAGGUUCACUGAGGAGGAGUUUUCUCUUAAGUGGAUCAAAGAGGUUGAGAAACUGGUGCACUUGAGAGGAAACCAAGGGUGACAGAUAGCAGAUAGUUCGUUGUCAGGUUACUUGCUUCCUGUAUGAAGCUGGCGAUGCGUGCUGCUAUACGGGGGUAGGGUAAAGUAGCAGCUCAAUAGUGUUUGCAUCUUCAUAUCACAUGCUGUUCGCUUGGGCCAUAUCUGCCGGCUCUGUAACCAUACCUCGAUGGCGCUUAUAUCUCCUCAGUGCAAAUAGUUAAAU